AUUGUCAUCCCGGAUCUUAAUGAAAAAUCUAUGUAUGUAACAACAAAUGUGUCCGUGUUCUCAGAUACAUACAUAUCUGCAUUGAAUUUACUUUAUUGAAAAUGUAUUUCACUUUUGCAUGAGGAAACAUAUUAUUAUAUGCAUAGAAGACAUUUCUACAUUCAAAAUAUAUAGAAUUUAAAAUGUUUCAUUAACCUUAAUUACAUAUAUUGAAAGUGCACGGAGAAAAAUAGUCUAACCUCAUUCGACAGUCCAUUAAAGCCAGGACAUAGAGACAUCAGAUGUAAUUUUCACUUAUCGUUGAAUACAACAACUUCUAUUGAAUAGUUUCACUCAAGGGUAAGUGAUAUCUAGUCUCUGUGUUCCUAUCUUAUAAAAUUUGAGAUACUUAUUUUCUUUGUAUAUAAGUUUGAAUGUUUAAAANAGUGAUAUGUGACGAGUUAUCAUUUUCUAUCAGAUCAAUACAAGGUAAAUAUUUAGAUACAUAAUAAGUAUUNUUUCUGAGAAUGAGAAUGGUAUCCAGAAAACGAAAAAAUGUAGGGACUGAAACGUUGUCAUCUCUAUCACAAUCAAGUGAAAAAGAAAACAUCGAUGUUGCAAAGAAAUCGCGCAUGCGAUAUUCAUCUAUACAAAAAGUAGAAAUUUUGAACAAAUGUGAUAUGGAAUCUGAUCCACUUGUUAUAUGCCGAAAAUAUAAAAUCAGUGAUCGUACGUUGCGUGAUUGGAAGAAAAACAAAAAUGAAAUUAUUGAAAUUGCGAAGCAUGAUACUUUAAAAAAUGUCAAAAAACUGUCUUCAUCAUGCAAUAAUUUAGAUGAUGCGCUGUUUAUAUGGGUAGUUGAAGCCCAGCAGAAAGGCCUUCCCAUAUCCGGUCCAAUAUUAAGGCAAAAAGCUUUGAAUUUGAACCGUGAAUUAGGUGGAUCUAGCAAUUUCAAAGCUAGUGAAGGUUGGCUGCACAAAUGGAAAUGCAGGAAAAAUGUGCGAACACUGCGUAUCACUGGAGAGAAACUGUCAGCUGAUGCUGAAGCAGCUGAUAAAUACAAAAUAGAAUUUGAGAAAAUGAUUAGCAGCAAACGUUUAACCAGAGCUCAAGUGUUUAAUUUCGAUGAAAGCGGUCUUUAUUUCAAACAAAUACCUAAAAAAACAUUUGCUCCCAAAAAUGUAAGUCAAGUUUCAGGAACCAAAAAACAGAUUGAGAGGGUUACAAUUGCAGCUUGCUGCAAUGGAGAUGGAAGCUUAAAGUUACCUCUUCUUUUUAUUGGUAAAUCAAAAAACCCUAGGUGUCUGAAAAAUNAAAAUAUGAAUGCGUUGCCUGUAGUUUAUAAAAAUCAGCAUAACGCUUGGGUUGACAAAGACAUUUUUCAAUCAUGGUUUNAAAAAGACUUUGUCCCCAAUGUUNGAGAAUUUUUGAAAUCAAGGAAUUUGCCCUUAGAAGCAGUACUUGUUAUAGAUAACUGCAGAUCUCAUAAGUUCCUGAAAAUUGAUGGAAUAGAAGUUGCCUUUCUUCCUCCUAAUGUGACUUCGAUUAUUCAACCUCUUGAUCAGGGAAUUUUACAAUGUUUAAAAGUCAAUUACCAAUUUUAUUUAGUUAACUCAGUAUNGGAGUCACAAACAAAAGGCAUUAGUUUAAUUGAACAUUUNAAAUCACUCACGAUUCGCCACGUAAUUUUUUGGAUUGCUGAAGCUUGGAAAAAACUAAGUUCANCUACAAUUUACAAAUGUUGGAACAAACUUUGGCCAAUAAAGAGAUGUGAUAUUGGAACACAAACGGAUGAAGAUGAAACAACACUGUCACUUCUAGACGCAUCAAUAGGUGCAGAUUCUGAGGAUCUUUUCCAUCAAAAAAGUACAAAAUGCAAUGAUCUUCUGCAAUUAAUUAAAAAUGUUAAAGGUUACGAGAAUAUAGAAGAAAAAACACUUUUCCAAUAUUUAAUGCCCUUAAAGCCACAAGAUGGAGAGCUAUCCGAUCCAGAAAUUAUUUCUCAAGUAGAGAGUUCGUGCUCAAAUUUACAAGAAAACGAAUGUAGUGAAUCUANGAUUGCAGAUGACCCAGUCUUUCCUUCUUUCUCUUCUACAUUAUAUAAGGCCUUCCAAAUUAUCCAAGACAUUUGAAUUUAUUUCCUCAGAAAAUGAAGUUUCUCAGAAAAAUCAGUAAUACAAUAUAAUUUUGUUUAUUUAUUUGUUUACGUAAAGAGUUUGUUUUGUUUUUAUUUGUUAGUUC